AUUGGGGCAGGCAAAAUGGAGGCAUUGCAACUGCAGUUUAUAUCUUCUCUGCCGUGGGCAUGGAAAUGUACUGUCCCAAAGAAAGCCCCCAGCUCCAGUGCAUGGAAAAUUACUGGCCCAAGAUGGAUCCUAGGGUCACGUGAGCUAUCACAUGCCCUUAGGUGAUUUGUUGAACCACAGGGGGUGGCCACGUUGGCUCCUCGCUGUCUGAAGCAUCCUCAGGAAAAGCUAUUUGGAUGGGAUGGGUUUCUCCGAUGGCCCAUUGUGAGAGUGGAGUGCCCUUGAUAGCUUGGGGGCGGGCCUGGGGGCCGGCUCUGGCCGGUGGUGAAUAAAGGGCCUUGGAUCUGCAAAGAAGAAGAGAAGGGGAAAGGCAGAGCGGAGGAGCAGAGGAUCCUGGAGCGUCUGUUUCUCAGGGGAGGAAGACGGUGAAAGGUGGAAAGGAGGGAGAGAGCCGGGGGGCAGGGCUCUGAUUCUCAGCGAGGGAAGGAGGAAGGUGAAAGGCAGAAAGCAAAGAGGGACCAUUGCGGGUUUGCUCAGCCGAGCAGAAGGACGUGAGGGGCAGAGCGGAGGAGAGCAAACACCCGGAAUUUGCCCAGUGGACCCCAGGGCCCUGAGGCAGUAGCGGGUGGAAAAGGGGAGCGAGAAAGGCCCCUCGGAGGGGAGAACGCCCCAAGUCAACUCGGGAAAUACAGCAAGUCGGUGCCAGAGGAGCAGGAGAACGGCCCGGGGAGCAGAGGGGAGGCCCGGAAAUUAGGGGACUUGGAGACACGCCCCGAGGGAGGGGCAGACCGGCAAAGGCUCCCAGGAGGAGCGCGGCACCAUGAGCUACCCGGGCUAUGAUAAAGGCCCCGAGCUCUGCACCCCUGCUCCGGCGCCCCCAUACUCCAACUUGCCGCCUUAUGGGGCCCCUCCUCCGCUACUGCCCUCAGGCGGGCAGUUCCCCACCCCAAGCUAUGGGGCAGCCCCCGUAAGGCUUCCCAACCAACAGGGCUAUUACCCUCCGUACAACGAGGACCCCAAUUGGGGCCCAAUGGGCUGCGCCCCGCAGCAGGUCAUCCUGGUCUCCCCACCUCCUGCCAGGGAGAAGGACUAUCUGGGCUACUCCAUCUUCACCCUCCUCUGCUGCUGCCUGCCCCUGGGCAUCGUGGCGCUGGUGUAUUCCAUCCAGACCCGGGAUGCCAACGGAACCGGGAACACUGCCCAGGCACAGCGGAGUUCCCGGAUGGCCUGGAUUUUCAACAACACAGCCCUGGGGGUGGGGAUUGUGGUGCUGAUUGUGUGGGUCACCAUUGUGAUUGCCAUCAGCUUGUCAACCUUUUCAUCCAACCCCUGAGCGACUGAUCCUUCCACCCAGCCUCGCCCCCCCCCAGCUCUAAGCCGAGCUCUCCAAUAGGGGGCAGCGGUUUUGAACACCUCCUUGAAUCCAUACACACAGACCCCGCAUGCACCACAACACAACCAUCUCCUCAGCCCACCCACACACUCACAAAACAGCCAGUCUGUGCCCCCCGCACACAACAUCCCCCCCUUGUCAGCCUCCAUGGGACCCAAAGAGAAUGAGCCCACUCUGCCAGCCAUCAGGACUCACACACCCCAUACCCCCCAAGUAGGCCAAGUACCACUCCCCUCCCCCCCAGGGUGCCUGGUCCAAUGAGGGCGCAAAGGACUCUGUGAGACACUGGGACUGGAUGGGACUUCAGACGGGGUCUGAGAUGAUUCAGACACGGCAAGGGGGGCUAAGAGGAGAGUGGACCCAAAUGUCCUGCUGCCCUCCCUCAAUCUGGCCUUACCUCCUGGCUCACCACCACCACCCCCCAUCUGGGGUCCGUUAUGGGCCACACCAUU